CUUCCCACUGUUACGUUGCGAAAGAGCAAUAUGAAAAACGCUAUUGCUAUUGAAACACACUUUGUAACUGGGUCUUAAAGGGCACAAAUUAUGCAAAUAAUCAAGUCAUCUUUAAAACCCUUUUCGUCUAACAAAACAAGUGAAUAAGUAACAAGUUCCUAAGGUAUUUUCAAUGCUGGAGAAGGUAAAGUUCAUUGGCUUUAGCCCAGAUGGUUGACUUGACAUUUUUGCAUUACAGGAGAAGCAAAGUUGUUGCUUGGCUGUCAUUUCUCCCCCUUCCCUGGACUCCUCAUCUGGAAUGAUUCAGUGAACACCUAAAACCUUGCAAUAAACAAAUCUUCUGGGACCCGAAAAUGGAGAAGCAUCUGAAGAAUAUUAUUCUGGUUUCAGUUGGAUUCUUGUUUCUAUUUACUGCUUAUGGAGGGCUCCAGAGCUUGCAGGUAGGUGGACCUUGUCGCGGAGUGUACAUUUUAAGGGGGUAUCUUUGAAGACGAUCUGUGGGGAUAUAAUGCAACAGGGAUGCUAGCCCAGUGAAAGGUAGCAUGGGUCUUCCAUAACAGAAGAGAAAUCCCUGGAGAUCACACAAACAUCCGGAUCAGGUUAAGGGUCUGUCUAGUCUAGCACCAUAGAGACCUUUGGAAGUCAACAGCCCUCUUCCACCGUUGCUUCUUAAUGGCAUGUUGUCUUUGAACAUGAAAGUUCAACAUCAUCAUGGUUAAUAGCUGUUGGGAGACAAUGCCUCUAUGAUUUUGCCUAGUUCUCUUUUAAGCUAGUGGCCAUCACUCUUCUAGCAGUGAAUUGCAUUAUCAAAUUAUGCAUUUCUUUUGUCUCCCCUGAACCUCCAACCAAUCGGAGCUAGAAGAGUCUGAUAUAAUGAGAGAAGGAGAAACUUUUCUCCCUUCUAUCAACUUCUUUGACACCAUGCAUCAGUUUAUAGACUUCUGUCAUGUCCCCGUUGGACAUUUGUUCUUAAAAAUGGUUUUUAACUUAUUUUAAUAUUUUGUGUUGUUGUUGUUGCAUUUAUUUCUGACCCUUCUUCCUCCAAUGAGCUCAAGGUGUCAUGCAUGUCUCUCUUGCUCUCCAUAUUAUCCUUAGUCCUUUGCAGUGUUUGUGCUUCCAAAUGCUCCACUUAAGUCCUUGUCUUAAGGACUUGCUGACUUCUCUCUCUCCCACCCACCCCGGUCAGUCAAAGUCCCCUUAUUUAUUGCAAAGCUUUUGAUUCCAUUUCAUUUUGUCUCUAUAGAGCAGCCUCCACUCUCAAGAAGGCCUGGGAGUUGCCUCUCUGAGUGUUGUCUAUGCAGCCCUUAUCCUCUCCUCCAUGUUUCUCCCACCGAUCCUCAUUAAGAAGCUUGGGUGCAAGUGGACCAUUGUGGGCUCCAUGUGCUGCUAUAUCACAUACUCUUUGGGGAACUUCUACGCCAGCUGGUAAUGCUGCUAGCCUACUUCUGAUGAGAUCUGUGGGACUGUGGUCUACUUCCAUCAGCAGCCAGACUUUUGUCCAUAGAAUGACUGUGGCAUCACUGCAAGGCUGAAAACCAAGUUGGGCGAGGGGGAUUAUAUGAGCAGAAAAUCUUCAUAUCUUAAUUCUUUGUGGUGACUGCAAUACAGAGGUGGGGGCCCUCAGCCCUCCAGAUGUUGAUGGACUCCAAUACUUGUCAGUUCCAGCUGGCACGGUCGAUCAUCAAGGAUGGCAGGUGCUGUUGUCCGGCAACAUCUGGGUGGCCACAGGUCCCCCAACCUGCUGUAAUAUGUAAAGCAGCUUCUAUAAUGUGGGUGGUUUCUGGGUCCCUGCCAGCAAUAUCUCACAGUGGUGUGGAAAUAUCCCAUAACGCAAUGUGAGCAAGCCACAGAGUGAGCCACUGUCCACAUUAUGGCUGCCACUAGGGAGUGGGCCAUUGCCACGCAGCCACUGUUUCCAUUUGCAGGAGCUUCCCUGUGACCAUCCAAUACAAACUGGCCUCCAAAAUAUGCAUCCACACAAGGAAGAGAAACAGCUCUUUCCAGUAGGCUUCUUUAUGACUGUUUUGUGGUCAGAAUUGAUACCACCCCUAAUCUGGACUAGAGUCCAUUAUAAUGAGACACACAGAGAGAAGGCUGGAGAAUGGUGUUCCUCUUGCUCCAAAGAAUCCCAAAGCUGACCCAGCCCUUUUAGCAGAGAUGUGCUGAAUGGUUCCAUUGGGUAUAUGAGCGCAGCUUUAAUGUUGUGGUUUUCAAAUCACUCUGUUGAGAGCUGCAUGAGCUUAUUUCAACCCCCCAACCCCACUUAACUUAAAAUGAACCUGAUACACAAUUAUGCCCAGCCUCCUAGACCUGGGGAAAAACUUCCUGGUGAAAAGUCCAAUGCAUAUUGAGGUCUCCAUCUAUCAUGUAUUAGACAAACAUGAAUUCUGAAUAUUGCUUAAAAUAUGAUAAGCAGGGAGUUAACAGCAAACCUUCAAUACAAUCUAGCUCCUUACCGCUCUUAUAUCACAUGAAUACGUCUCCUUAUAGUAUAGGGGUAAACAUUUGAGCAAUUCAUCUUGAAUUUAAUGAUGUAACAAGCUGUCUUUGGCCUUUCUUUCAAGAAUGCUAGCAGCGUAAAAGAGAUAUCUAAAUAACGUGGUUUUUUGCAGGUACACACUGAUCCCCACAUCGAUGAUCUUGGGGCUGGGAGGAGCACCACUCUGGUCAGCCAAGUGCACAUAUCUCACCAUCGCUGGAAACUCAUAUGCUCGGAAAGCAGGGAAAGUUGGGAAAGAUAUUGUCAACCAGUACUUUGGAAUAUUCUUUCUGAUAUUCCAGUCCUCUGGAGUAUGGGGAAAUCUUAUAUCAUCCCUUGUAUUUGAGCAGACUCCCAACCAAGGUAAAUAUUACAUACACACAAACACACCCUAGGGGCUGUGUCCCUGCUUACACCACUUGUCAGCUCCCCUGCCAUUCCCCCCCAUACGAACCCCACCUAGAGCUUGCCCACCCCACCCCAUGCCACUGCUGAACUCUCACCCUCCCAGCCCCAUUUCUGAAGCUGCUUCUCUCUUCUGUUCUACAGUCCUGCUUUGCACCUGCUCUCCCCUUCGCUCCCAUGUCCUUGCAUCCUACCUCUUCCAUUUGUGCACCCUGCCCUUAUGCACAAACCACCCUCCUGGUAACCUCUGGCAUCUUCCUCCUCUCGCACAUUGCAACUACCUUUUCACUCUGACUUCAUGAAAAUCCAGGAUUCUGGAUCCUCCAAUGAGGGCUACGCAAUGACAGCCUUACAUUUUUAUGAUAUUACCACAGGGUACCACGUCCUUGCCUAUAUCUGCCUUUGGAAGUGCUACUGAUAAAUAAAACCACUUUUUCAUCAUUUUUUUUUUAAAAAGUGUGAUACUGUAUCAGAUACAGUAGUAUAGAUGCAAUUUUAAGGAUAAUGGAAUAACCAAAGCCUAGCGUGAUUCUCCCCUCUUCCAGCAGCCCGCAUAACCUAGCUACAUUACUCUGGAGGGCAUUCUGAUACCACCACCACCCCUCAGUGUGGCUGCAGGGGAGGGAGGGCAGGAAAAUACCUCCUGUUCAACUAUCUGAGGAUCUAAACUAUUAAACCCAGUUAAAGGAUUGUUUUCUUAUUGGCAUGGGUGCCCAGUUUGCAGUUCCUGUGGACAACUUCCUAGAGCAUUGGGAAGAGGUCUAGUGGAAUGGACUCCUUCGGAUGGUGGUGGACUCUCCUUCCUUGGAAGUUUUUAAGCAGAGGUUGGAUGGCCAUCUAUCAUGGAUGCUUUAGAUGAGAUUCCUGCAUUGCAGGAGGUUUGGGUCCCUUCCAACUUGAUAUUCUAGGUCUUCUAAUGAUUCAGUCUAUGGGUUUGUCUUCUAUUUGUGUGUGUGUGUGUGUGUGUGUGUGUGUGUGUGUGUGUUCAGCACAGGAGUUAAAGGAUUAAUUGGGCAGUGGUUGUUAACUCAGGCCAGGUGGAGUAGGCCGGUUAAAAGCAAAUCCAGGGAUAACAAUAAAAGCAGGCUGCCUCAAGGGACAGAUUAGGGCUAAAUGCCACCGGAACUAUAUAGGGGGGGAAAGCCUGUCCCACAACUGCAGUCUUAAGCUAGUUUAAGGGGAUAAAACUCCACUGGCUGACCAAACCAAAAGUUACUGCUAGGAGAUUAGAAAAUGCUGGUAACGUCCUUGAAGACUGGCAAGGGAUCAAAACAUUUGAUCAUGGCUCAAAGGCACGGUUACUUUGAAACUGCAAAAUACCAAUACUAUAUGAAAUAGCAAAGCUUAAUGAACAGAAGUAGCAUUCUCUGAAGCUGUAUCCGGCUUUUACACUGUUGUUCAUGCCAGUCCAAGUGAGCUCCCUACGGCACUGUCAGAACUUAUAGGACCAGAAAGGGCAAUUUAGAUGGUCCUAAUCUUUGAAGUGCAGAGGGCACAACGGUGACCAGUUAUGCAUUGAUGGAGCACAUCAAAUGCCCUGCUGCUCAAGCAGCUGCUUCCACAUGGAUUUGUCCACUAAAGGAACCCUGUCAAUUGGCUAUGGCAUUUCUGUGUGUUGCAAAGGAUUCCUGGACAUGUUCCACUAUUGCCUCUCAAGCAGCCUGUCCACCAUUCUUGAUUUCAUUGGUGAUGAGAACCUUGAUCAUAUUUUGAAGUACCUACCUCAGGGUUUUUUGGAACACAGCUUGAAAUCCAUUGCGGAUGUAUGCUUGAAUUUAUGGUCUUGAUUUUGACCACUAACAACCACUGCUCUUUUCUUUUUCCUAUGGCCUAGUGGAACACUCAGACGCAGAUCUGUGCUGUGGUGCAGAACAUUGCACGGGGGUAAAUGCUACAAACAGCACUGUGGCUCAAAAAAAACCACACGAUACCUUAAUCUACACUCUGCUGGGAAUCUACACAGGUAGGUGCUUCCAGACACCAUUUGUUUGUUUGCUGUUUGCUUGCUAUUUCAGUUGAUAUCACCUAAGAACAGUUAUCUCAGGUGUGCCAGGAAAAAUGUCUUUUAGCCAUCAAAUGCCUAGGUAAACAGAAGUGAACUACAUGUCCCAGGAUUCUUUGUGGAAAGCCACAACUGUUAAAGUGUUAGCUGUUAAAGCUUUAACAUAUAGCAUAGAAGGUGUGCACCAGAUCAUCUCCAACAUUUCACUUUGGAUGGUCAUUGCAGAGGAAGAAAAGGAGUGGUGGGCAAAGUGUAUUUCAUGGACCUUUGUCUGCCAUUAUUGAUUUUAUCAUCUAAGAACCCCUUGAUGUGCUUUUUUUCCUGGAAAACCAUUUGUAAUAUAUCAUAUUUGACAGUAUUUUAUGGUAUGCAAUAUAAUUUAACUGUUUUUGAUCGCUGUCUUGUAACUCACUUAAAAAAUCUUACAGCAUUUGAUAAACAACAUUCAGUGAUUUUUAGUAUUUGACAGCUUUCAAUCUGCAAAAUCUAGGACUGGUUAUGAUAGAGGCCCCCAGGCAAAAUUAUAACUGUCAGAAAAUACUAACAGUUCCAAAGCCUUCAAAUUUUAAUUUUUCGGGUCAAGAUUUCAUCUUCCAAAUUGUUGAUUCAGAUUUUGAAUAUGAAUUUUCCCACUCAGAACUUAACAGGAAAGUUCAGCAAAUUUGGCGUAUUCAUGAAUAUUCAUUUCAGCUGUAAAUUGUAAAUUGUAUGGCCUAUGAGUGAUUCAGGCCUCAGUUAAUGAAAUAAAGUCUAACAUUCCAGUUCCAUAGUAUAAUUUCCCUCUUCACAUGUGCUUUGGAAAAGACUGUCACUAAUUCUGAAGCCAGAGGCUCAGGAAACAAAUUCAUCUAGAGGCAAUGUUGACAGAUGCAAUCAUGGUGCCCCCAUGCUGAUCUCUCUUUAACCUCUGACCUAACCUGGAAGGGUAAGAAAUCUGUCUUACGCAACAGCACAGUUGGUUUUUCCAGCUGCCAUAGCACAAAUGACACAGCAGAGCAGUUUGCUGUGCAUGGUGGAUGCCCUGAUAUUGAAGACAGAGACUUCAAAACAGUUAAUUUUAUUUAAACUCUCUUGGCCUCUAGAGCUGAAUUUAAAACACUUAUUGACUGAGUAUUCUAAACCCAUAACUGAGCUCUGAGAAUAAAUCUAUGAAUUGCUUGUCACUUUGGGACUUGGUUCUUAUUCCAAUGCAUCCAGGCAGUGGGGUGCUAGCUGUGUUGCUAGUUGCUAUUUUUCUGGAUCGGAUCACAGACGACCAAGCAGAGGGUGAGAAAAAGGAGACACCUUCCUUGUGCUUCACUUUCAUGGCAACAUUUCGGCAUCUUAAAGAUAAACGCCAGUGUCUCCUGAUUCCCCUGACCAUGUACAGCGGGUUUGAACAAGGAUUCCUUGCUGGCGACUACACCAAGGUAGGAACGUGAGCGAAAUGUGGUUGUUACAUCACCUACCCUGAGUUCUUCAAUGAAUACAUGGGGAAAUGUUCAUGGGACACUCAGGACUCUUGAGUCCCAACUCCCACUACAGAUGGAUGCCCUACUGAGAAUACCUGAAACCUGCCCAAGAAGCCUCUGGAGUCAGUGAAGAAAGUGUUUUAGAUGCCAUUAGCCAGGAAGAGCAGGAAUCAAACAAAACACACCAGUAGGUCCACCAAGGGACCAGAGAGACCUGAUGAAAAUCAUGUGCCAUCAGAAGUCAAAUAAAUCCCAUGUGGCUCCAAUACUUUCUAAAGGUCCUGUUGUCACUCAGGUCCUGUUUGUGGGCUUCUCAUAGGCAUCUGGUUGGCCAGGGUGAGAACAGGGUGCUGGAUUAAAUGGGCCUUUGGCUCUUAUGAUGCUCUUGUUAUGUACUUAUGUGACCUGCUGAGGGAAAGAGGGAGCGGACAACCACUCGGUGCUGCAGGGAUCAGAGGGAGUUGGAUCUGAAUGGGGAAACAUUGAUACAAGGAGCAAUUGCCAUGGGUUAGAAGUCAAGUGUCAGGUCACUUCUCUCACACAAGACACAACACGCUGGCAGUUUAACUAGUUGGGGUUUAUUAGCAAUAACAGGCUUCCAGCAAUCCAAGCUUCCCACAGCUCACUCCUCACUGUCAGAGUCAGUUGACUCGACUGGCUUCCUGCCCUUCCCAAGGCCAGCUAUACCCCAGGCCCGCCCUCACUUCCUGCUGGUCCUCCUUGGUUCUAAUUGCUUGCUCCGCCUCCUACUUCUUGGAGACUCAGGUGCAGCCAAUUUCUCUUCGGGAGUUGAAUCCAACUACCUCAUACGGCCUGCAUCCUGCUCCUUCAUCUCUGUGCUGCUGCAAAAACUCACAGGCAGCAUUCCAGAGCGAGAAGGGCUUACCUCACUUUCAUUGUGUGAAAGAAUCAAGUUUCUAUUUCCCUCUGCCUCUUCAUCCCCCUCUGCAGAUUCCUCUCUGCCGGCCAUGUCUCUGGCAUCAAGCCUAGAGGAGAAAGGCAUCUUUCUGCCUGCCAUAUUGAUGGAUUUGCUUUAUUAAUUUAUUGUCCAUAUUGUCCUCCAACCCAGAGUGCCUUGCAAAUCACAAAGGUAUUUCUUAUUUGGGUAGCCCUUGCAUUGCCUCCUAAAUGGCCCUAUAGUCACACAAAUCUAGCUGGCUGACAGUUUGCAUACCCUGAAUGGGCAUGCACAGGUACAAUAUCAAAAAGAUACGAGGUUAAUGUGAGCUUAGUGGUAGCUAUAAGUGAGCAUACAAGCAGGUCUUAUUGUGCUUUUUUUGUUUUAAUGAUGCAGAUCUUAGCCAUAUUUUUAGUACUAGCAUAUUGCUUCUGUGGUCUCCAUCUAAUUAAAUGCAUCAUACUCUGAUGUCCAGGAAGCCAAAGAGUUACUCAUAUGGUUGGCAAUCAUCUACCUUGUGGACACUUCCAGGCAGCCUGUUUAUGAUGUUACUGGCAAGUGUUAUCCUAGAUCCACACUUCCCAGUGCAUUUCCCCAUCACUUUCCUUACUGCAAAAAAUCCCAUCUUUGGGGGAAGCAGGCAUGUUAUGCAAGACCUUCCAAAUCAAUUACUGUUGCCCAACCUGAACUUACUGGUGGUAUGUGAUUGAAUCCCACCCCAAAAGAGUGACAGCCUGGAAGCGCUGUGUGUCAACUCCUCUCCCUACACAUCCCCAGUUCUUCUGCUGCUUUAGCAUUUGAUAACAUGUACGGCACAUGAGCAAAUUAUCCCCCCCCCCCGUCUCUCAACUCCAUCACUGCACAGCAGGCACACACAUUAAAUCUGGAGGCCCUACGGCAAGGCACAGAGCUGUGCUUUAUUGAUCGCAUCUUCUCUGUAUGAAUAUUCACCCAGCACUCAGAAAGAGACACGAAGUCCUAAGCCUCAGAUGACAGAAACAACGUUGCUGCGUUGAAUAAUAUUGCCAUGUGCGCCUGUGUGUCUUUCUCUUUUUCUCUAGUCCUAUGUGACCUGUGCCCUUGGGAUAAAUUUUGUCGGCUAUGUGAUGAUCUGCUUCUCGGCUGCAAAUUCACUCUGCUCCCUGCUCUUUGGGAAGAUUUCCCAAUUUACUGGCAGAAAAAUUCUAUUUGCAAUGGGUAUGUAAAGGCUAACGGAGGACCGGGGGGCUCAUCUAGUGUGAAAAAUUGGGUGUGCUCAUACUAAGAGGCAGGGGGUAUAAUUUAAUGAAGAACUGGCUAAAAACAUGAUCAGUCCAGAUGAGGAUUCUCCCCUCAUUACUGGGAAUGAAACAGUCUUGGCCAAUUUGAAUUUCAAAUAUGUCUGUUUGCUCAGUCACUUCAGAGAAAGUCUCAGCAUUUCUAACACAGCAGAAGGUGGUUCUCAACUCAUGAAUCACAUAUACUAAUAGCAAUCUCAAUUCUCUGGGUGCCAGUUCUGAAGCAGUCAAAGCAGCACUAGUCUCACACAAGAGAGUGGUAUCAGCAGAGCUGGUUUGCAGGGGGAUAAAAAAUAAUAUUGAGGGUGAGGACCCCAAAACAGUCCAUUGAGGACUGAGGGUUGUAUCCAAUGUAAUACUAACAAACACAUUCUGUCAGGAAAAGAUUUAUUCUUAUGCAACAAAAUGUCCCCCCCCUCCUCCCCCUGUGCACCCCCUAAAUGUGUUCUGGGGGUUCUCCGAACCCUCCGGGGCAGAUUUGGAGAGAGCACAGAGUGUGCAUGAGGGAAGGAGAAAGAGUUCCAUUGCAUAAGUGAAAAUCCUUGCGCCAACAGAACACAAUAAUCAAUGUCGCCCUGAGCACGCUCACUGGCGGCUAAGAGGGGGAACAGGGAAUGGAAAAUGGAGAUGGAAUAGAGGAUCCUAGAAAAUAACGUGGCUGGUUGGUUGGAAAUCCACAAAGCAACAUUUUGCUGCAGGUCCCCUUUGUAUUUCCUACAUUUGAAACUUUACUUUUGUGUGUGCACAUGGGGUUCUUGGAGUGGUUGCAUGGCAUACUGAUUUAUACCACGCAAUCCUGAAUGAAAUGACCCACAAACAAAUCCCAUCCCAGCGUCUUGGACGGGGAGAAGAAGGUUCCCUUCCUUUCAUCUAAUGACUGGCAUUCCCUGAACAGGGAGGUGUCACGGCUUCUGCAGUCAUGAAGCAAUAAGCUACAUAUUUGCCUGUCCCUUUUGGAGGUGCUGAUCUGACAAUAAUAUAAUUUAUAGGGCCAACUGGCAGCACUUGCUAAGGCACUGAUCUGACCAACAUCAGGGAGGGAGGGCAGACUAUGAAGAAACGUUUGGAGAACUUGGCACUCCUGGCAAAUUAUGUCUCUUGGGGUUCUCUUUCUCAUGUUUCACUGGAGUUUUUUUUUAAUGAGCUAGCUCUGCACAUUCUCCAAACUGAAUGUACUUCACAUCUAAUAUGACUUAAGAGAAAUGUUCCCAACUACACAUCCUGGAUAAAAUUUCACUCUUGAGAAAAUCAGCUGACAUUUUGCUGCCUACUUCACCCAUAUCAUUAGGCUGACAGGUGCCCAUUAUAUGCCAGGACUAAAUUACUUGCCUUGACAAUGGGCUGGCUGGCUUGUUAGGCUAAGCCAAGCCAAGCAAGAAUGGGUGGGCAUGAGAGACCCCAAAGAACAGAUUGUGGCUCCUGCCCGCAAUCCUCCUGCUGCAACACCACGGUGAGCUAAGCUGUGGUUUGGCUUAGCCAACACGUCAUCUGAACCAGGACUCAAGGUUUGUUUCCUCCAGGCAACCAGCAGAAGAGAUAGCAGGUCCUUCCCUCUGUGACCUUGGGGGCCAAUGGAAAUGAGAAGACUCUUGAUUUGUUUCCUGAACGGCAGGGUACAUUGCCCAGCCAAUGUGCUCCUAAGCAGCCUCAUUGCCCCUCUGUGCACUCUGGUGGAUCUCCAAAACAUUUAUGUAGCUGGAAUUUUGACAUCCCAGGUGGUUGCUUACUUCAUCUUUAUUCCAUAGCCAGCCUUGCUGAUACUGCUUCUUUGCUUCCAAUGUCACCUGGGCAGCUGCCACUGCUGGAAACUAAUGCACAAUGUGGACCUUGGCCUGGUGCAGCUAUAUAAUUAUCACUAUCUGAAAUGGCCUACUUCUGAAACUCUUUAUUGUUUUCUCUCAAUCUGUCAUCAUCUUCCAGGUGGAGUUCUCAACCUUGCCUGUAUAAUAGGACUAUUGCUCUGGAAACCUCGCCCAAGCCACCUUGCCCUGUUCUUCGUAUUCCCUGCCCUGUGGGGUGUGGCUGAUGCUAUCUGGCAGACGCAGACCAAUGGUAAGCCUUUUCUAUCAUGGAAGACUGGCAGCACAAGCACAACUCUAUGCAAGUCAGUUCCACUGGGAUCAAUGGGGUUUACUCUGAGGAAAGUGUGCAUGGGACUCUGUGGCCUUAGUCUCACUGAAAGCAGAUUCUCUAGACUCCAGUAACUAUCAGUGCUUCCAGAUGGGGGCAUAAUAUUGCAAACUGACUGUUGCAAAUGGGAGUUGGUAAUAGCUAUUAAAAUAAAAUUUAAAAACUGAUUAGAUUUUCCCUAGAAAGGGUAACUUGAAUUAAGUGGUGGGGUGGGCACUUUUAUGCUGGCUGGCAUUCUAUGCUGACAUCACAUGGAUGCUGUGAAACAUUUCUGUGCAUGAGGAGCACCCGUCUGGAAGCUCCUGAGAUAUGUCUGAGUAGAAUGCACCUUGGCAGAAAGAGUUGGAAGACUGGGGCUAGAUCUACACAGCUGUAAUAAAAAAACAACCCACCGUUGUAAAGCUCACAGUGGAAAAUAUCACUGAGUUGUGAUUUCAGCUCUACAGCACCAUCUGAUGUCACAGUGUUAUAACACAUUUUUAAUGUUGUAAUUUGAUUAAUGUAGCUGAGUCCUGGGUCCAAAACAGGUAUGCUGUAACAUCACGGGGGGGGGGGGCGGGUUAAAACUUAAAUAGCAUUUUAUGUUUUUGGCAAACUUUUCUAUAAAUCUUUGAAUGCUGCAAAAUCAAAUCUGGCUUAUUUUGCUUCAAAUGAAACAUAGUUUUGGUUUGUUGAUGCAUUUCCUCCUGACAUGUUAAGUGCUAAGCCACAGUGCUUUUUUCUAAAAAAAAAAAAAUGUUUAGGGGUACUCUCAUUUUGACUCAAAAAACCCACCAUUUUAUAGUUCAAAUUGGGAAAAAUAAAUACAGUAAAUGGACAAAUGAUCUUCCAUAUACAACAGGAAGGAGAACCAUCACAGCUUUCCAAGUAGUGAUAGUUGGGCAUGUAGCGACUCCUGACAGAAGCUCACAGCACUGGCAUUAAGCCACAGGUGUUAUGCAUAACCCAAUUCAACACUUGUAAUUCAAUACCUAUGUGUCAGGAAAUUAAGCCCCUUCCUUUAUUCAUCUGAGAUUGCAUUCAUAACCAAUGAAGAAAUACGCUCUCAUUAUUACCACUUACCACAUUUGGUAUUCGUUUGUAUACAGAGAGAGAAAGAGAGCACAGCCAUGCCACACAUUUCAAGCACAUGACUUUCCCCAAAGAAUCCCAGGAACUGUAGUUUAAGGGUACUGGAAAUUGUAGCUCUGUGAGUUGUAAAUGACAGUUCCCAGGAUUCUUUGCUGGAAACCAUUUGCUUUAAAUGUGUGCUGUGGAUGUGACCAGAGAGCAAAGGUUUGAAAGGAAUCCUCAAAUGCAGGCUGUGUGCUAAGUCAAAAGGAAUGCAGUGGAACCUUGGUUCUCAAACGGCUUAGUUGACCAAUAAAUCGACUCCCAUUCCAAUUUUCAAAUGUUUUUCGGAAGCCAAAUGUCCGAUGCGGCUUUCGCUUGAGCGCAAGAAGCUCCUGCAGCCAAUCAGAAGCCGUGCCUCAGUUUUCAAACAGUUUCAGGAAUUGAACAGAUUUCUGGAAUGGAUUAAGUUCAAGAAUCCACUGUAUCUGAUAACCAGGAGCUAAUUGAAAUGUUUAUUAUCCCUGCUGCGUGUGAGGGGAGGGGCACGGAGAUUAAAAUAACAUUGCAUAAGAAAAAAUAAAGAUUAAAGGCUAGAAAGACCUUUUGUAAUAUGUUGAAAUAUUUACACUGUCAUCCAAGGAAUAAAUCCUAAACUAAUUAGCUAUGGAGAUUAAAUAUGUCACCACGUUGCUUACACAGGCGAAAUACAAGCACUUGCACACCUCACCAACAGAUCUCGCUCCGUUACAAAGUGCCACCUUACAUACAUUCUCUCUCAUUUCCUGGGAAUGUCAGGGCAAGAGAGUCUUUUGACAACAACAAAGCUGAACCAAGCAAGGAUUACAUACAGGUUAGAUGAGGUCAUGCCAAGGGCUUAACUACACUUCCGGGUGCCUCCGGUCCAGACCGCAAAUAUUUUGCAGGAGGGGUUCAAGGCUUCGAGCACAUAACAGGACUUCAGACUUACACAUUUAAAGUGGGUUAAAGCUCAAGCAGUUUGGAAAGUGAUGAGGAAAUGCACUGAAAAGCGUGGAAUGAACACAUGCUGAAUUGUAAGAAGCAUAAGCACCUUGUAAGCAAAUCAGGAUGAAUGUUCAACAAACCAGGAAGCAUAAAGCAAGCCUUCCCUCCAGAUGUUGCUAGACUACUGGCCCUGACUAUUGGCCAAGUACCUGCAUCUGAUGGAGGUUGCAGUCUAACAAUGCCUGGAGGCUAGCAGGUUAGGGAAGGUCCUGGCCUUACAUGGAGAUAUGGUGGCUGUGAUCUAUUUCUUCUUUUUGCACAUUACAGAACUGUGUGAUAUGUAGAAGCAUAUGUUCUGGACUUGGAGAAGUUCUACUGUAUGUUGAGGAUAUGACUAAGCUUAUGAAGUUAUUGGGGAAAGGGACACCCUUUACAGACCCUCCAAGUGUCCCUAUUUUCCAGGGACAGUCCCAGAUUUACAGUAGCUGUCCUAGUUUCUGAUUUAAUCCCAGGAUGUCCCACUUUCCCCAGAGAAACAUAUGGUAGGGCAUCUCUAUUUUCAUUGGAGAAAUGUUGGAGGGUAUGGAAUAAGACACCCCCAGGUUUUUUUUCAGCUGGAACUCACCAGAACUCAGUUCCAGCACCUCUCAGGUAGGCACUAUUGCCAUUCUAUGAGGGAUGUGUUUAUGGUGAGUUCCAGCACCUCUUUUUCUAGCAAAAAUAGCACUGGACAUCCCUAUUUUUGUCAGAGAAAUGUUGGAGGGUAUGCCUUUACAAACUUGUAUCUGUAUUCUUCUGAACAGGAGGCAGCACUUUGCUUAAAGGAAAUCCUCUGUUAAAAAGUACCAUAUUUUUUGCUCUAUAAGACUCACUUUUUCCCUCCUAAAAUGUAAGGGGAAAUGGGUGUGCAUCUUAUGGAGCGAAUGCAGGCUGCUCAGCUAUCCCAGAAGCCAGAACAGCAAGAGCAGUCCCUCUUGCUGUUCUGGCUUCUGAGAUUCAGAAUAUUUUUUUCUUGUUUUCCUCCUCCAAAAGCUAGGUGCAUCUUAUGGUCUGGUGCAUCUUAUAGAGCGAAAAAUACAGUACAUUGUUAAGGGAUAUGCAGGCCUUCUUUUGGGCCAAGGUUCAACUCCAGAACAUGGGAGCAGAACCCCAGAACUCGAUAUAGGUACUAGUUCUUGGAUCUGGGAAAUGCGAAGAAAUAAUAAGAAGCUCAGCUCAAGUCAGCUGAAGUUGAAACUCCAUGCAGUAAAUAUAAAAUGAUAACUCUUGAGAUAGGACUAGCCCUGAAUAAUCAACAGAAGAUUUGUGAACAUGUGCAGAGUGCCUUGCAAUUAUCAACCGCUGCUUCUUCUACCAUUCAAAAAAAAAAUAACACCAAAAACAGUAGCCUGUGGUACUUGAUCCAUUGUGGAAGCUGUAUCUUAUCUUUGCUGCUUCUAAGAAAGAAACACUCCACACGUGUUCAGAGCUCCACUCUUCCUAAUUAUUACUUCACACUGGAGGGCACAGGUCUGCCAUUGAAAACAGGUUCACAGCAGAAUUCAAAUUAAACCCUGUGCUUUUGAAUUACACACAAAGUGAGGUAGGCAUGAGCUGCUCAGUUUAAUUAUCAGUUACGACUCAGCUCUUACUUUAACAGAGUUUCAUUACAAAGUUCCAAAGAGAAUUCUAGAGACUGAAAAUUUAACUCCUAUCAGGGUUUAAGCAAGUAGCUGUUCCAGGAGAUCUCUGGAAUAUUGACCAAGGGCUCCCCCUAAAGGAUUUUAAUGGAAAAUGCCUGAAUCCUUGCGCUACUCCACAUUUUCAGAUUCAUCUAUCCAAAAGCAUGUGUCAUAUUUUGGCACCUCACUGUAUUGUAAGUUAAAUCUGUUUUAUUUCAUUUGUUCUUCUAUAAGAGCUGCUUCAUGUGUAAUCAUAUGCAUACUAUUAUGCACACACAAGCAUCUUCCAUGCUGGAGUUUUGCAGUAGUUGUGUUGUGGGUUCGAACCCCAUGUUGGGCAAAAGAUUCCUGCAUUGCAGGGGGUUGGACUAGAUGACCCUUGCGGUCAGAGCCAUCUUUCCCAUAGGGCUUAGUGGUGCGCCAUGCCAGAGCGCUGGCCUCUCAGGGGCGCCCCAGCAAGUGCGGGAGCUGCACGGCUUUGCUGACGGCCUCCCCUUUCCCUGCACACCAUAUGGAUGGCGGGCAUGCAGCUUCCCUCCCAAGCCUCUGCGGGGAUCGCUCUCCCGCAGCAGCAUGGGGGAGAGUUGCGCCCCCCCAAUGGCUGGCAGUGCACAGCUAUGGCCACCACAACACUAUCCAUAGUAAUUUGGGGGCACUGGGCGGAUAUUUGCACCCCGGCGUCGCAUCUGCUAAAGACGGCCCUGCUUGCGGUCCCUUCCAACUUUAUAAUUCUAUGAGUCUAUGCUGUUUAAAGAGUUGCGUGGGCCUGAAAAACACCAUUAUUAUCCUCUUCAGCAGGAUGUAAAAAGAGCUCUAAACAUGUUAGAGCCUGAGCAUGUUCUGCCUUUGCUCUUAGAGGGUAUCAGUUGCUGGGAAUCACAAGUGAGUAGAAGCUGUUGCAUUCAGGUCCUGCUUAAUGGCUUCUCACGGGUAUCUGGCUGGCUACUAUGAGAACAGUAGUGCUAGAUUAGAUGGGCCUUUGGCCUGAUCCAGCAGCUCUUGCAUUCUUAAAAGUAGAACAGAUGUUCUAGCCAGCAGCCUCCCCAAUGUAGCAUUUCUAACAGGUUAAUUAUAAACAUAGGCACUUCCAUUUGACGUGUGGAUCAUCCCGGGAAGUUAUGCAGCCUCUGUAUAUUACAUACCAGAACUGAAACCAGAUCUUACCAUACCCCUAUCCUUUUUUUAGACAUGAACUGCCUGAUGUCAUCAUGGGUUAGUUCAUAUAUUCAUUCCUGCAGCAACAGAGCCCAUAGUUUGCAUGCGUAAGGAUUCCAAGUAGCACUGUUUUAAAGAUACUACUAGGAGCGCGGAUAACAUUGGCCAUAUUCACACCAUACGUUUAAAGAAUUGUGAUACCAUUUGUCAGGGUGUCCCUGCUUUCCUCCACUCAGAGCUACAAUUCUCUGAGUGGUUUAACAAGCCUUCACAAGGAACUCUUGAGCAUUGCAGCUCUUGUGUCUCUGCCCCUUACACCAGCUGAAGGUGUCGCCCUCCAAAAGCAGGGGAGAGAGAUUUCCCACACCAAGGAACAAAGAUCGUUUUUUAAUGUCCCUGGACCACUGUUGCCUGGCGAUGGACCUGUUCACAGUAAACUCAAAACCCAGCAGUAUAUGGUUUAAGCUACAACGUUGUGUGAUCCUAAGCAGCUUCCUGGUACAAAAGAGAAGACAUCCAUCAUGUAUUUUCUUGCAGCAUGACCUUUUCCAGGGAGAAAGAGGGUUAGCUACUGCUGCUACAGUUACAGACCUGGAUGGGGGUCAGAUUUAGGCUUCAAACAUAAAGUUUUGCCUAAUUGUUCUCUUUCCAUUUGUUUACAGCUCUCUAUGGAGUGUUAUUUGAAAAGCACAAGGAGGCCGCCUUUGCUAAUUAUCGCCUGUGGGAGUCCCUGGGGUUUGUCAUCGCCUUUGGUUACAGCACAUUCUUAAGUGUCAGCGUCAAACUUUAUAUUGUGCUGGCUGUACUGGUGGUGGCCAUGGUAUGCUAUGCAGCAGUCGAGCACCUGGAAUCACAGUCCUCUCCUGGUCCUGAACUACCCAGUAUCUCAAAGCAGGAGCCAAACGAACUAGGCGAGAAAGAUCCGCAAACCCAUUUGUAGCCCAGCAAAGCAAACCUCUGUAAGGCCAAGCAAAUGGCCCAGUCCAAAAGUGCCUAAUUUUGUUCAUUUUCGUUUUGUAUGGGCUACCAGAGAGUAGUGCUGAUACUGAAAGAGGCAGAGCAUCACAGCAAUGGUGCCACAGAUGGCUUCUCAAAAGGCUCAACACCAAAGAAGGCUACCAAGGAACAGAUAACAUGAUCUGUGCAAUAUGUAAAUGGAAACUUCAAUUCUUUCGAACUGGUGAAAAAUGUAAAUAGGAUUUUUUUUCCUGCCAAUACAAUAAUGGCUUCAAUUAAGACAGUACAAUACUAGGGACCUUCUCUUCUUGCUACUAGUGACAAAAAAUGUUUUUAAUGGGUCUUUGAUUUUUUUUAAUGGGGGGGAGAAUAAAUGUACAUUGAUAAUUCAAAAA